GAGUGGGGACGGGGUCGGAGGGGAACUGGCCGGGCGGAAGAAGUCGAGCCCGAAGUAUUUCCGGUUCCGGUGUCAGUUAGAGGCGCCGCCGCUGCAGCCGCCGGAGCCGCGAUGCCUAAAGGAGGGAGAAAGGGAGGCCACAAAGGCCGGGCAAGGCAGUACACGAGCCCCGAGGAGAUCGACGCACAGCUCCAGGCUGAAAAGCAGAAGGCCAGGGAAGAAGAGGAACAAGGAGAAGAAGGUGGAGAUGGGGCUGCAGGUGAUCCCAAAAAGGAGAAAAAAUCCCUAGACUCAGAUGAGAGCGAGGAUGAAGAAGAUGAUUACCAGCAAAAGCGCAAAGGUGUAGAAGGGCUCAUUGACAUUGAGAACCCCAACCGGGUGGCACAGACAACCAAAAAGGUCACACAGCUGGACCUGGAUGGGCCCAAGGAACUUUCAAGGAGAGAAAGAGAAGAAAUCGAGAAGCAGAAAGCAAAAGAGCGUUACAUGAAAAUGCAUUUAGCGGGGAAGACAGAGCAAGCCAAGGCUGACCUCGCCCGGCUGGCGAUCAUCCGGAAACAGCGGGAGGAGGCUGCCAGGAAGAAAGAAGAAGAGAGGAAAGAUGGAGGUGGGUGUUCCUGCCCGCCACCUCCCAGGAUGCUAGGAGAGUCCAGCAGCAGCGGAGUCAGAUCAAAAGAUGAUGCAGCUUUGUCAGGAAAACGAAUGCAGUCGCUCUCCCUGAAUAAGUAGCACGGCCUGUGGGAGGAGAUAGCAGGGAACUGGGCCGUGCUGCCAGGACCUCUGCCGUGUCUCACCCACCCUGUGCCCCGGCGCCACUGCAGCAGCCCCUCGCGGCGAGGAGCCCCCCACGGCUCCUCUUCAUCUUGGCACAGAAAUCGUUUGGGGGGAUGGUGGGUGGGGGGAGGGGCAGCUGCUAUCUUUGAGACAGAAAGAUGCAGGACAGCAUUUCAUAUGUAACCAUUUGAAUGUUUUGGCUGUUUUUAGAAUUCAGAACCCUUGUGGGGGGGGGUGCCUGGGAGGUGGGGUAAGAAGAGCUUCCGUUUGUCUGGUUGAUUGCGGGGCAGGGGGCGGUUGAGCCGCAGUAGCUGCUGACAAGUUUGUGAUGGACGGCCCCCUGUCUGUAUUGCCCCGGUGCCCAACUGGGGGGCUGUCGCCUGGGAGCCAGGGCCCUGGGUCUCUGAGGGUCAUGGCUCAUCCCCAGCCAGUCCCCUCUGACUGAGGCUUCACUCCUGACCUUCCCACCCUACUCCCUACCCCCGACUGACUCUGGCCAGGGCCCGGGCCCAUUCUUAACCCUGCCCAUGGAUCAUUUCAAGAAACCUGUUUACUGUGUAGCCCCCAGGCAAAACAUGCUCCACAAGUCCAACUUGUAUAUUUGGCAAAUUAAACUUGACAUUAUCGUAA